UUGUCAACCAUUGUUUAUGAUUUCUGUUUUGUAGAGGAUGGUGAUGCGGUGGUUAAUUUAGAACAGUUAGCAGCAACAAAUGUUAUACAAGAGCACACACGGUCACAAAUUUUACGGUUAACCCUUAACAACUGUCCGGAGGAUAAAUACAGAGAACUGGUUUCAAAGUUUCAAGAGGCUUUGCAAGAAGAAAAAGAUUGUGCCUCACAUAGUGCCAAACAAGCAGAUGAACAUUUUUUGAAUGUUUCAGCUCCAAGUACGUCUACGUCGUCUUCAGAACAUGAUGAUCCUUUAAAAAGAGCAUUUCUAAGUUUCUUACGAACACUCAGCGAAUGUGAUUGCAACGUAGACAAAGUUGAAGAGGGGAGUAUCAUACUCACAGUGAAUUGCCUUACGACCAAAGCAUUCAUUUCCCUUUGCAAUAUGUGCAUAACGGGACAAAUCUACAUGGUAAUUUAUCCCUUGGAAGAGGAGAUAAGACAAAUAUAUGGAAUCAAAUACCUGGACGUCAAAAUUACAGCACAAAAACAAAGUUUCGUUAAAAACGUCGCAGAUAUUACGCGACAGGUAGCUUCUUUAAAGCGAGAACAAGGAGCAACACUCUCUUGCCCAGUGAAGGUGAAAUUAUCAAAAACUACUAUGGAAACAUAUUUCGAUGAGUCAGCCAAAAACAAAUUACAGAUAGAAGCGGAAGUUAAAUUACCAAUAUACAUCGACCCGGGUAGCGUGUCCAGGAACGUUUCCAAAAAUAAGCAUCGCGUUUGCAAUGAAUUCGCUGAAGUUUGUAGGAAGGAACUAAAUAUUUCAACACUUGACGUUCAGUUUGAUUUGUCUCCGUCAAAGGAAAUCAAUGCAGAACGGCUUUCGGCUACAGCUGAAGUUCAACCAUUAAGUGAGAAAUCAAGUCGAAAAGCACAACACAUUCGCGAUAUUCAGAUAAAGGAAAGAGAGGAAAGGUUUCCGUGCGUGACUGGCAUUUUAGUUAUCCAUGACAAAAUGUUUCUGGUUGACUCAGCCGACAAAAGGGACGGCAACCAAACCAUAAAGGUCGUGGAUUUGAAAACGGACACCAUUGCAUACGCCUUAAAGCUGGACGAUAUUCCUUGGGAUCUAACAUCUGUUGGGGAGGAGAAGAUUGCAGUUACUUUUCCAAUGAAAGGUGAUGUCGGUUUUUACCUUCAUUCAUCAGAGAACCCGUUGCUUUUUGAAAGCAAUAUUGAUGUAGGUGAGGGAUGUCGAGGAAUCGUGUAUGCAAAUAAAACCCUGCUUGUGUCGUUUGCAGCAACUUCUUCUGAAAGGCGAGGAAGGGUGGAAGUACUGUCACUAUUUGGUGAACAUCUAAAAAUAUUUGAGAACACCGAGAAUGAUCACAUGUAUUACAUUUCACAAGAAGAUGAGCAGGAGUACUUCUUUGUAUCUGACUUUGAGAACAAUCAUAUUAUUACCAUGAAUGAUAAUGGAAAGAUUUUGUGCGAGUAUUAUGACGUCGAAAUGCCUUAUGGUAUUGUAUCAGAUUCAUCGGGCUCAUUAUUUGCAUGUAGCUCUUGUUGCAAAACAGCUGUCGAGUUGAAUUUAAGCACUGGUCAGGCACAUGAACUUAUUAAGAAACAGUACUUGCGUCAGCCUAGGUGCGUUGCCUUUUGCAAAGAGACAAAGCUCAUGUACAUUGGCAUGUGGAAAAACAACUUUGUAAAGGUAUUCCGACUAUCCUAAAUCUCAUUGGCCGUCUGAAAGGUAUUGUUCCUUUGACCCACUUCUCUGGAACAAACCCCGUUCUAGAUGUUCUGUAGAACGAUAAAGAUUUGAUUGCUGAAUGCGAUGUAAGAUCCGUAUGUAUAUCAAGCGUGUUCAUAGCAAAAAUACUUUCAUGUAGCGCAUGUUUUUUAUGAUCAUGACCACCAAAUGUAUACAAAUGAAAAUGCGAACAUGUGUAGGCUUUUUACUCUAAACAUUGUUUUCUGCAAUAAUCAAGAGUUUGCAGUUUUUAAUUAUUUGUUUCCCAUUUGUUUGUCCUUGAACAUUUUAUACCUGUUAAAAAGCUUAUUAUUACAUGCUUUUUUCAAACUGCUACGUAGUUUAAGAUACUUCUUAUAUCUUAUAUCGUACAAAGAAUUAUUUGAAUAACAAAUUUCUACGAAAUUGCAUACAUGACUAUGUUUGCUAUCUUCUUUGCCAACUUUCUAAGUGACAAUGAUAGUCAAUUCAAGUGGACAACAUCUUGCAAUUUCUGUAUUCUACAGUUUAUUGUUUUGUUUUUAUUGCUGUUGUUGUAUUUUUCACUUUUUUGAACAGACUGCAUUAUUUUUUUAUAAAAACGUUAAAUAGUUUAUCGAAGUGAUAUAAUAAUGACACGGUAAUUAAUACAAAUACUAGUUCUCAGACAAUGCAAACAAUUUGCAAUUGUAUACACUUAAGUGAAACUUAUAUGUAACAUUUAUAUGCUCUGUCUUGAGAAUAACUAAGGAUAUCUAAUCAAAUUAGACCAUUCUAGAAAAUCUUUCAAAGUUGUCCCUAAAUGUUUAAUGCCUGGCUUCAAUAGCCACAGUUUUUGUCAAAUUCGAAUGAAAUUUAAAAAAAACCUUGAAAAUAAUUGAUAUUAUUUGGAAACUUUUUCCAUAAGGUGGAAAGCAUGGAGGCGUAAAUGAACACAAAUGGUCGUUUCCGGUUUCUCGACUUACCCUAUUUUUAUGCCCCGACACUUACCAUUUUUAUUUCCCUUUUUUCAUAUUUUUUUCUUUUAAAAGUUAGUGCUUUUGACUAUUAACAAUACCAGUGAUGCUAAUACUGAUUGUAUAGGUGUUCUUAUUCAUACAAUUUAUAAUUUGGUAACAGAAACUCUCAAGAAACAAUUUUCUUCAUAUUUUUUCAGACUUACCUACCCUAUUUUGGGGGGCAUGGGACCGGAAACAAACAUAUGAUUUGUUUUCACGUAACGAAACCUGCGGAAUACCCUUCUUUAGAUGGAGAUAUUCCUAGUUCACCAUAAUAUGGUGUUUUAUUGCACAGUUGAUAAGAUUCGCUAGAAUAUGUACAGAUGUCAAAAAUUUCAGCUCUCGCAGUAAACUUAUGACGGUAAAACUUCUAAAACAGGGUUUCAGAUAUUAUAAAUUAAGGAAAAUUUUCUCAAAAUUUGUUAAGGGUCAUUAUAAUCUUAUAUCAAAGUGCAAUAGUAGUCUUAAAUCGCUGAUUGCUAAUAAUAUUGAUCAUCCCGAUUUUUAUGGUGAUGUUUCCAGCAGGUAGUUGGAUAGAUAGACUCACUGAAUUACUUGGAUUUUAUUUAAACCGUGGAUAUAAAGGCAAUAUUUUAAAGAGUACUUGCCUUCUAGUUUUUGAAGAUGAAUUCCUGAAACAAAAUAUAGGGUUGAAUAUAGCAUCCUUACAUAACUAUUGCUAAUUCGUGUUAUCUUUAAAACCUUUUUUGGCUGACUUGGGAGUGUUUUGGCAUGUGACAUCAUUUUCUUCAAAUAUUUUACAUAGGUAAUCAUUUGGAAGAAACAGAUUAGCUAAUAUAUGUCGCUUUUAUUUUUAAUAAUGUUUUUUUUUUUAUUUGUUCCCAGUUUUCGUACAAUGAAGCUUUUUAUUAUGAAACUCUAUGAUCACACAUUUUUAAACCUUAUAUUUUAUAAGGCAGACAGUACAGUGUGUGAUGCUCGUAGUUUCAAACAAUGACUGCAUCGUAUCUUUGAAAAGUGUUUGCUUUAGGUACUCUGAAUUGUAUUCCUCCGUCUGCAGAUAGAGUUGGGAUCUCUUAUCAUAGAAGUACUCGGGGUUUACCUAUAAGUUUAUUACUAUUUGUAUUACUAUCUAGUUUCCUCAAAGUAAUACUUUAAUAAGAUUUACCUUUUACGUGUUUUUCUUUCUUUAGGAUUGUUGGGAUAAGAGGGAGGUUUGUGCAAUUCAAGUGGUUUAAACCCUCAGUUAAUUAACAUUUUACUGACCGUUCCAAGGCGG